AGAGAUUCCCUUUCACCCGAAAGGCCGGGAGAAGACUGGCUGAUAGAGAAUUGAGAUUACAAAGUCUCAACCCCCAUGAACGUUAGCUGAAUAAGGUCGAUGCGAAAACUGAACAAAUUAAAGACAAAACCAUAACAGAAAAGACGGCAAAAAACCAAACCGAAAAUAUGAGAAACCAGGAGAGAAGAUGAAGCAUUAAUAUAUAUAUAUAUAUUGUCACUUUAACGUACGAUAUAUAUAAUAUUCUAUAUACUUAGGGGCGACAAAUCUCAGGCCUAAUUGGGUUCUGGGUUUUGUUUGGUUUGGUGAGAGAGGGCACAAGGAAAAUAUGUUGGUGGAAAUGCUUAGGAUGAAGAGGGAGGUGAUUGAAGAUGUUGCAAUAAUAGGGGGAUUGGUAGGGGUGCAAUUUGUGUAUGCUGGGAAUUCUGUGUUGCUGAGUUAUUUUAUGUCUUUGGGGCUUGACCCCCUCACCAUUGUUAUUUUCUCUACCUUGGCCACUUUCAUCAUCCUCUCUCCUAUUGCUGCUUUUUUUGAAAGGCAUACAUGGCCCUCGAAAGUCAGCUGGAAGCUGAUGAUUCAGUUGGUUUUGAUCGCCUUUGGAGGGGUAACUUUAUUCCAGACCUUAUUCCUAAAAGGCAUCAAGCUAACUUCACCAGCAAUGGCAACAGCCAUGCCAAACCUUGCUCCUGGUUUUAUUUUCAUCAUCGCAUGUACUGUUAGAUUGGAGAGAGUGAAAAUUAGUUGCCUCUACAGCAAAGUGAAGAUUCUAGGCACAUUGCUAUGUGUGCUAGGCGCUAUCACAAUGAGCAUAAUGCAAAGCACUACCACUCCUGCGGAAAGAGAGGCCCAAUUUCAAGCUCGUGCUCCUGACGUUGUCUUUGAUAGGCAGAAAAUUAUUGGUUGCUUGUAUCUCCUCUCUGCUGUGUUUGUCUUGUCCAGCAAUAUUGUCUUACAGGCUACAACAUUGCGUGAUUUUCCUGCACCUAUGUCCUUGUGCGCCAUAACAUCUUUGAUAGGGGUGUUUAUAACUGCAGCAGUACAAUUUGUUCAAGAUCGCAAGAUAGAAACUGAUUGGCCACUUGUGAGUGCAAAAGACUUGGUUGGCUUUUCUCUACUGGCAGGUACAGUGAGUGGAGUAUGUGUGAGCUUCAAUGGAUGGGCAAUGAAGAAAAGAGGGCCUGUUCUGGUUUCCAUGUUUAGCCCCAUUGGAACAGUCUGCUCAGUUAUUCUCUCACUUGUGACAUUGGGAGAGAGCAUCAGUGUUGGAAGCUUUGCUGGCAUGUGCCUCAUGUUUACUGGCCUCUACUUCUUCCUAUGGGCCAAGGGCAAGGAAGUUUACUUGGAUGUUGUUGACCUUGAAAGUGAGUUUGAUGCAGAGAAGCCUCUAUUAAGUUGAUGUACCUAUGUUUUACAUCACCUGGUUUGUAUAUACAUUUUGGCUUCAUUGAUAGGAACAAGAUUUGUAUGGUACUAGUGUUAAUGUGGAAAUGCUGAUCGCUAUCUGAUCUAUGAACAAUAUGAUGAAACAAUCUCUGCAUAAUGACCAAAAAUCAGAAAGGAAAAACAGUUUUUACUCUGCUUAAAUGCU